AUGCCCCUACUCACCAUACACAACCGGCAGAUCAGCUGGACUCUGCUGCUGGUACUAGGGUAUCUCUUUUACCUGCUCCUGGGUGCUAUGGUGUUCCAGCUGCUGGAAAAGCAGGCAGAGACCCACUUUUGGGACCAGUUCAGGAAGAAGCUCAAGUUCCUGCAGAACUACACAUGCUUGGACAGGCAAGCCCUGGAGCAGUUUGUGCAGGUCCUCAUGGAAGCAUGGGAAAAAGGGAUCAACCCAGAAGGAACGUCUACGAAUCCCAGUAACUGGGACUUCAGCAACUCCUUUUUUGCAGGAACUGUUGUCACCACUAUAGGUUGUGGUAACCUGGCCCCCAGCACAGUGGCAGGGCAGAUCUUCUGUGUGUUUUAUGCCUUAUUUGGAGUGCCCCUCAACCUCGCCUUCCUUAAUCAGUUGGGGAAAGGCCUCAAUGCUCAUCUGAUUACCCUGGAAAGAUGGGUGCAAAAGCCAGGCCGUGCUGAGGUGGUUCAAACACUGACAGUGGCAAUCUUCCUGACCACUGGGACCUUGCUUUUUCUAGUGUUCCCACCAUUGGUCUUCAGUUAUGUAGAAGGCUGGAGCUACGGAGAAGGCUUUUACUUCACCUUCAUCACCCUGAGCACCAUUGGAUUUGGGGACUAUGUAGUAGUUAAUAAAGAAGGCACAAACCCCAACAAGCACUAUAUCUCAGUGUACAGGAGCCUAACUGUGAUAUGGAUUGUUUUUGGCUUGGCCUGGCUAGCUCUGGUCUUCAAUGUGGGAGCUGAUUGGAUGGAAAAAUUCCUUCAGCUAAAGUGGCACAAGCCUGACUUAAGCUUGGCAGAAGGACCCACCACCAAAUUGGAAGAUGAACCUGAGCAGCCUAGAAUUCACAUCCCUAGCUGA